AGUUAUGAAAUAGAAAUGAUAAUAUAACAUUUUUUCAAAAUUAUUUUAAACUUGUACAGUAUUUUGGACCUCUUUUUAUCCACUUUCACCAUUCAAACAUAUAUUUUGAAACGCUUGAUCCACACUAGAACUGCUAGAUCCGCUAAAUCCACUCUUGUUCCGCUCAAUCCGCUCCAUUCAAUCCGCUUGAUCCGCCGGAUACGCAAACGCUUGAUCCGCUUCUUCCAUUCAGAGCCAAAGAAGUAAUCUAAAGUACAUAACUUCUUUCAAAAACUCAUCCAUGUCUCUAGCCACCGUUCCAUGCGUUAUGCAGUCUUUUUGAUCCACGGGAACUGAAUGAAAUAAAUCUACAGAUUUAAAAUGAGAAAAUGAAGUAUACUGAAUUUUUUUCUGCAGUGUAUAUUAACUAUGAUAUCAUUUAUUUCCCAAUUAUUAUAAUUCGUAAAAAAAGAAGUUAUUUCCUUUUAUUCCAAUAGUAUUAAAUGCAUUCAUGUGUUACACAUUGUAACCCCCUUCCCUAAUUCAUGGCAAUCUAUUUAUUGUCUCCCAGUAUUAUUUUCAAAUUUCAAAUCAUUCUUCUCCCUCAUAAUAAAUCCCUCUUUAUUCCUUCUGAAUUUAUUUCCUUGGUAAAGCCCAACACACACACAAAAAGAAAACCAUUUUCUCGUGAAAAAUAUCUAAGAGAAAGUCUCUUUCCACACAAAGAAAACACCCAUGGCUUCACAAUGGACAAUACCAAAACUUGUUACAUGGAGAGUCAAAGAUUGGGCCUCCUGUUUCUUGGCUUGCAAGAUUCCUAUAGACGUAGAGGAGGAUGGAGUUACUAACAACAGUAACACAACGAACAACAACACUCUAAUGUUCAAGAGGACAAAGAGGAAGAUUAAGAAGAAGAGGUCAGAGAGGAAGCUCAGUCUAAGCCCACCGGGGACACGUCAUCAUCAUCAUCUAAGAGGCAGCAGCAGCGUUUCUCCGACAUCGUCGUCUCAUAACCGGAGGUUGAGCUUGCUGCAGCCACCGGCCUCAGAAGAACCUGGCUUCAUAGUCUUCUGCUUCGACCGUGAAGAUGGAGGUUUCGACGUUGUGAAAGAAGGGAAAGAAGAAAGGAAAGAGGUGGAAUUGUCAUCUGAAAAGUCACCGAGAACGGUACAUCGUAAGCUUAUUUAUGAAGACCAAGGGGUAGGAAAAGGAGAGAAGAAUAACUCUCUGGAGAUUAAAGGGUCAGAACAAUAUCAUCAGGCCGAUAAGACUACAUGCCAAGAAACUGAAAAUGUCUCUUGUGGUGUUCAUGAUCCGAAGGAGGAAGAAGAAGAUAUUGAUGCAUCUGAUAAAUCUAGCGGGUCUACUCACUCAGAUGAAGGAAGGGGAUCGUUUGCAUUUCCCAUAUUGGGAGUUGAGUGGAUGGGGAGCCCUGUCCUGAUGCCUACACCAGAUGACUUGUCUCCUAAGAAACAAAAACCGAUAGCUUUAGGGUUCCAAUGCUGUAGAUUCUAAAAAAAAAGUACACUCUAUAAGCUUUUAUGAGAUUCUUUUGUAUCACUCUGUUUAUGAUAAAAAGAAACACUAUGAAAAGACCAAAUAAUCUACAAUUUAGACUUGAACUCA